UCCAGCAUCCUCUCGAGUCCUCCGCUCUAUUGGCUGAACAAUUCUUCCUUUCGACCGGCCGAUGUGAGGGAUCUUAUUAUCGUUCUGGCAUGCAUAACCGCUAGACGUGCCUUAAUCAUGAGCUUCAUAAAAUCAGUGCCUUACUCGCCGGCGAUAGGGCCGUGUACUACAUCUGACUCAACACUAUAUCCCGAAUUCUACACUUGUGGUCCUGGUGGUGAAACAUUUUACGUUUAUGAGUCUUAUACACCUGACAGUUCGGAGAUUAACUCACCACCACCUGUUAACUCACCAGAGAAUGGAUUGGUGACCACCAGGUUAGAAGCUGGAUCUGUACCCCCUGUUAAAAAACGUCGUGUGACAGCGAAUAAAAAAGAACGCAGGAGGACUUUGAGCAUAAAUCUUGCUUUUAUGAACCUCAGAAAAUGUAUACCAAAUGUGCCGGUGGAUACCAAGCUUAGCAAAAUCAAAACUUUACGUUUAGCAAUUAGCUAUAUUGGACAUUUAUGCCAAAUUCUGGAGGAAGGAAAAUCCGGAGUUUUCCAAGCUGAUUUUGGUAAAUGCUCUGAAGUCAUCAAUGGCAGACAAAAGAAUGCUGAUAUGGCAUCUCCAACGACAAGCAAUGCAAACGAAAGACGAACAAGUGGAAGAACAGGAUGGCCUCAGCAUGUCUGGGCACUGGAAUUAAAAACUGAAAAUCCUUCUUAAAUUUCUAAGAGAAAGCAGAUCAUUAUGAGUUGUACAGUCCCCGAAUUAAUCUGGAAGUGUAGCAGUUGAUAAAAACUUCUUUAAAAAAGAGCUCAAAUACCAUGAAACGGAGAAAAAAAAAUAGAACUUUUGUCAACACUAAAAUUUUGUAAACUGCUACCAUUUCGGAGAUGUUUUGAGCUUAUAUUUACUUAUUACUAGUUUAUGCAUCUAAAAUAAUAUCACCGGAUAAAAAAACUAGUCAUUCUAAUAGAAAUCAUGCCCAGCAUCAUUUAAUAUCGUAUGAUGUCUGUUUUGUCUAUGAUGUUUGUAAACCUAUGAUGUUUGCUUUUUCUUAUUACGAGUUGAACCCGUUCACUAAGGUGUCCAUUAACACGCAUUUGCACGCUUACUUUGUAAAUGGUUUGUUGUUUUUAGUUAACCUCUUAAUUAUGAGUGAACUGUUAAUACCCUAUUGUCGAAGAAAACAACACUAAAGUUCAUUGAAGUGGACUAAUAUGUAACUGGUUUCUUGAACUUUCAAGAACCCUUUUACAUUUCGAGUCAUCUGCAAAGUAUCCUGCCUCUUGAAGGCUAUAGAUAAUGUAUGAGACACAUUGGAAUAGCAGGUAAAAUGCCGAAAUCAUUAUCUCCCCAAUUCUGUUGAUUAGCGUGAUCAAAUUCUCAGCGAGUUGGUUGAACUGGUGCAAAACCCAGUAGGCACACUUUAAAAAACAAAAUCCAGAUAAUUCACGAAUGCGAAAGUGAAGUUACAAAGUAAUAAAUGAUGCUUUUCGUGAUUUCUUUUUAGGUAACUAAAUUUUUGUCCGUUGAGAUUACUUUUAGAUGCAAGGUAACUACAUUCACGAAUUUAUGAUGCAAAGAUAAACCAAAGAGUUAUUUAUGUAAUAUAGAACUACUAGAAGACGCAUGAACGUUGAAGACUGAUAUUUUACGUUAAGAGAAAACAUUGAAUAACAUAUGUCAAUGUAUGAUGGCCUUCAAUGAAUCCCCCUCCCUCCCCCUAAUCACAUAGUUAUUAAUGACUGCUUAACAAACUUUCACUUUAAUCGUUUUUCAUUUUUCUUAUUACGUAUUGGGAAAAAUUGCAUGAAUAUAAAUUUCCCUCUUUUUUGUUAAUUAUUUUUACAAAAUAAGAUCAAGAAGCAAUAUAAGGGUUUAACUAUAAAGUUAUUUUUCAUUAACUAACUUUAUAUUCAAAAUAUUAUAGAAGCAUAGUAUCCUUUGUGUAAUUUAAGAAUUAUGAUUAAUGUAGCACUUAUAUGAGUAAAACAUUGCUAUAAACUUUCAAAAACACCAUAUGCUAGGAAACUAAAGUAAUAUGGUUAUGUUGCUUGCACAGUGGACAAAAAAAAAAGAAAAAAGAUCGGAUUCUUAUAUAAAGUUUAAGAAUUCAUAAUAGUUUGGGAUGCAGUGUUAAUAUAUAAUAGUUGAAAAGCACAUUUUAGGUCCACAAAUUUACGAGUUACAUUUAUUAAUUUUAUUUCUUUCUGAUAGGCGUCACAUUUUGCGAUUAGCAGACUCUCGACAUAAUUAAACGAUCAAGAAUCCGAAUUCAUCGGAAAUAUCGAUAUCUCAAAAUGUGUAGGACUUUAUAGAUUGUUCGUUAACUAAUUGUUAAGGAACGUUAUUUAAGGUGGGCUUUGCGAACUAAUAAAAUUCUCUUGUUCGCUGUACCUGUAAUAUUAUCAGGUUAUCUUUUCCCUUUAAAUGUCAUUGCCUGUUAAAAUUAGUUUGAUAAUUUUCACUACUCAUCAUGUUAUUUUACUCGCAUGAGUCACUUUGUUGAAGGGGUGGUAAGUAAUGUGAAAAGGCACAAGCCAAGUACCCUUAACCUUGCAUAACUAGUGAAAAUAAACUUAUGUGACUUACGUACACUAUUAUAUUAAAAAUUGACUAUGUCUUACCAAAUGACUCUACUUUUGCACUAGCAAUUAAAUUAACAGUAAACUUUUUUUUUUAUCUCUGUAACGAUACGAGAAACAUUUUUUUUAUAGAAAGGCAGAACAUCCACAGUUUAAUAAGUGCAAUGCACAAAAAAGCAGGACAUCAACAAUUUAUUAAGUGUAACGUAGAAAAAAGCAGGACAUCCACAAUUUAAUAAGUGCAAUGCUUUUUGUGUUUUCUCGUCAAAUUUUCUGCUCCAUAAAUUUUUUUUAAUGUAAGUCGAAUUCCCUCUCCCUUUUACGUAGUUAAAGACGUAACAGUGGACAUUAUAGAUAGUCUCCUUAGGUGGGAACACAAUCACAUUAUACUCAUAAAGCAGUGUACAAUCACUUUAUUAUUUCCCUCUCCCUUUUAUGUAGUUAAAGACGUAACAGUGAACAUUAUAGAUAGUGUCAUUGGGUGGGAGCACAAUCACAUUAUACUCAUAGAGCAGUGUACAAUCACUUUAUUAUUCCGUUAUGUAGUACAUACAAGGUUAAAUUGACUUUACUUGCGAUGCUGUAUUUUUUCAGUGAUAUUCUGCUAGACUCUGAAGUAAAAAAAAUAUAGAAUUCUUGUUUAAAAAAAAGAUUAUUACUUGUAUGGUUGUAUACUCGGUAGCAGGAACCCUCUAUCAUGGCAGAGGGCUUCGCAGAUUAUUACAGCAUCUGAAGAUUGUUUUUCAUACAAGUUUUCUUUUGAUUUUUAAAAAGCACACAAACAUAUGAGGAAAAUUGCUGAUUCUUCUUUUUUUGAAACAUCUCUAAACUUGUUUCCAAUAAAAAUAAAAAUGCUGAAUUGAGAGAACACCGCAAUGAACAAAAAGUAAAAGCAAUUUUUCUGUUACUUGAUUACAGGCUUCUAGGAACAGCUGUAUAGAAAUUUAUUCCAUAUAUAUAUUUUUUGUAGUACAAUUGCAUAAAAUUCAACAAAGUUUAAAUAACAAAGUUCAGAUGUAUAAUUUUAAACACAGAGAAAAAAAUUCUGGAAAAAUUACCGUGUUUUAUGGUUACAUUUCUGACAUUACGACAUUACAUUUUGCUAUUUGUUAGAUUAAACUAAAUUUGUGCAAUAAUAAUCUCUGUCUAAUUGCGUUGAGGUCGCAGCAGACAAAUUUGGAUUUAUGAUGUUGUUAGUACUGCAGAUUUCCUCUGUACAUUUUGCUGCCGGGGUUGUGUAAUAUUUGUGUGCUCAAUGUUAUUCAAUAGAGCUCAUAAGAAAAUUUUUGUGCAAAUUUGCACAAUAAGCUUGACAGCUAAAGUGUUAUUAUUAUAUGAAAUAUAUUAUAUGUGAUAUGUAACUGUGUUGUUUUUGUAAGAACUCUUAUUAAAUCUUUGAAUUAACUUAAUAAGAGUUACAUUUUUGAUUUAGUUAAAUAAACCAAAGAUUUUUGAUUAUUAUAAACAUUUA